AGUGUCGUUCAGAAUCUCUAGAAUGUAACUGACUUCCUGCUGACCAGUAAUAAGUAGUGUGUAUAAAUCACUGAGUUUGAUUGUAAACAGUUGCAUUCAGAUCGAUGCCACAGUGGCUCUGACCUCUCAAUAGAUAGGCUACUUUGAAAGAGAUACUAAUAACUGUAAGAGGAUUAAGAGUAGUGGAGAAAACAAAUAUGAAGCUGUUGCUAGUUCUAGCUUUAAGUUUUAUAGUAAGUACACAUCAACAGGAUCCAAAUCCAAUUCAAGGUGAUUGUGAAUGUGAUGGAGAUCUCAGACUAGUACAUAAAACUGGAGACAACUAUGGAGCACUACAAGUCUGUGACUCUCAACAUGGAUGGAGGUACAUCAUUCCAUCAGGCUGGACAUCAGCAGCUGCUAGACUAGCCUGCAGGGAACUUCGCUAUAAUAUGAACGCUGCAUCAGGAAGUUUGACGCUGUCAAGCAAAGUAGAUUACGCCAGAAGAAUACGAGAUGACGUUAAUUGUGUUGAGAAUGCACAUGUACAUGUACUAAAUGAUUGCAUUGUUAGCGAAACGGAUAAACAAAUUGUUGUGACAAUUAACUGUGUUGAUUGCACUGAUGGAGCCAUGAGACUAGUGGGUGGGUCCACAGUCAGUGAAGGCAGACUAGAGAUAUGCCACAAUGGUCAAUGGGGGACAAUAUGCAACCAGGGAUGGACAGACAGGAGAGCUGCUCAAGUGUGCAGUAGACUAGGGCUACCAACCUACAAUGCUACACUACACCAAUUCAAUGGAGGAGCUGGUUCAGUAUACACAUACAACUGCCCAACAAUGGACAGUGAUAUUUCUAACUGUAUCCAAGAGUCUUCUUGUACUCACUCAAUGGAUGUUGGAGUGAAGUGUCUUCCUUUCACUGAUGCUUGUGCAGUUCCUGUCGAUGAAGUAAUUACCCCUGUAGAAACUCCACCAGCUUGUAACUGUCAGCAAUGUACAACACCAACACCAACGUCAACAAUUGGAAAGUGUACCCCAGCAAGUGCAGAGGGAGAUGGCAAUGUCAAUGAGGUAACUACCAACAACACGAUAAGUACCGAAACCUCACAACCAAGUGAUGGAGCUAUCACAGAGUGCAGUAACACUCAGAGCACAGUCAUGAGCACUAUUGGGACAUUAGGAGCACUCAUUGGUCUAUUAGCAGCUGCUCUAGUGAUGGUUGUCACUGGAUGGAUUGUGUCGUGUGUUUACUUACAGAGGAAAAUAAACAAGAAAUACAAAGACCACACCCACACAACGUCUGCCUCUACGAGUGACCCCACCCUCCAACUCAACAACCCAGUGUAUGAUGGUAGCACCACUGUCCCACACACCACGUACAGCUCUCAUGGACCCUCCUAUGAGGUCAUUGACACUAACGAGGGGGCAGGGCAUAGCUAUGAUGUCAUCAGUCAUAGGGGUGAAGCUAGACCACACCCAUCUACCACACCCUCUGUGUCGAACGAGGAGUAUAGUACGCUAGAUACUAGCAGAGAGAAUCAUUAUCACACACUAGAGUGCAAUACUGGAGAUGGCCAAUAUUCAAUGGUUAGACACACUGACCCCCAAGAUUACGAGGUGCCCGCCCUCCCUCAGGGGGAAGAGUACUCUACACUGAAGCAUUGAUAGUCUACAUACUGACUUAACAAGACAUACUCAAUUAUAUUUGCCUUUUUUGACAUGAAACUUUAUUAGCUACUAAAAGUUUGCAAUCACUGAAUGAACACAUGCACCAAGCUGUUGUAUUAUAAGCACUGAAGGUAUUGAUAAACUUAUUUUCUUGUUUUCAAUAACUGUAUGGACAACUUUGAUAUGUUAAUUUGUGUUUCAUUAUA